CAGAUGCUGAUCUCUGGUCGGAGGAGAUUGCUCACCGUUCUUCUGCAGGCUCAGAAGUGGCCCUUUCAACCCUCCAGAGACAUGAGACUGGUACAGUUCCAGGCAUCCCACCUGGCAGGACCUCGCCUAGGCCUGGAGUUGGAGAGUGAUCAAGGGGUCAUUGACCUCAAUGCCUUUGACUCCACACUCCCCAGGACGAUGAUAGAGUUCCUGGAGCAGGGAGAGACCACCCUUUCAGUAGCAAGAAGAGCCCUGACUUCCUCAUUACAGGUCCUGCCACGGUCAGAGGUAACCUUCCUGGCCCCAGUUACACGGCCAGACAAGGUGGUGUGCGUGGGCAUGAACUAUGUGGACCACUGCAAAGAGCAGAAUGUGCCUGUGCCCAAGGAGCCCAUCAUCUUCAGCAAGUUUGCCAGCUCCAUCGUGGGGCCCUACGAUGAGGUCGUCCUCCCACCUGAGAGUCAGGAAGUGGACUGGGAGGUGGAGCUGGCUGUGGUCAUUGGGAAGAAAGGCAAGCACAUCAAGACCACAGAUGCCAUGGCUCAUGUGGCUGGCUUCACCGUGGCACAUGACGUAAGUGCUCGGGACUGGCAAAUGAAACGCAAUGGAAAGCAGUGGCUACUGGGAAAAACUUUUGACACCUUUUGCCCCCUGGGCCCUGCCUUGGUGACCAAGGACAGUGUAGCAGAUCCACACAACUUGAAGAUUUGCUGCCGAGUCAAUGGGGAGGUGGUGCAAAACAGCAGCACCAGCCAGAUGGUGUUUAAGACAGAAGAACUGAUUGCCUGGGUCUCCCAGUUCGUCACUCUUUACCCAGGAGAUGUUAUCCUGACUGGGACCCCCCCUGGUGUUGGUGUAUUCAGGAAACCUCCUGUCUUUCUCAAGAAGGGCGAUGAAGUCCAGUGUGAGAUCGAAGGACUAGGCGUCAUCAUCAACAAGGUGGUGUGA